AUGACUAUCAUCAUCGUCGUACCGGUUUUAGGAAGUCGGAUAGGGCGUCAACCGAACGCCGUCAAAUUCCAUUGUGCCAUCGAGAUUCGCCAACUGAAGGACAGUGGACAACCUCUGGCGAGUGAUUUCGGUCCACUGCCACGCAAGCACAGUUCGGUUCCAACAUUGGCUUCCUCCUCGGCUUCACCCUCGUCCUCGUCGCAGACAAAUGCACUUGUUGGAAGUGGUGUGGUGGACCCUCCACAACGAAGGGCUUCAGCAGGCGCUUGUGACAUGGCUGGGUAUGCUGGAUCAAUGCUUCCACGACGCAAAGCCUCAGCUCCUGUGAAAAUGGAGACCACGUCUGUGCUACAGAUGUCAAGUACUCCAGCUACCGUCUCCGCCUCAUCGUCUUCAUCAGCCGCAGCAGCAGCGGCGGCAGCGGCAGCAGCAGCAGCAGCCGUGGCAGGAGUGGUGGGAACAGAUGAGGAGAUUUUGGUGGAUGGAUUGAAUUGGUUCAAUUAUGGAAUGCGAAUGGCCAUGGAAUUCAUGCGACUUCCAGCCACGGUACCUUCGUCCUCAUCUUCCACCUCAACCUCCUCAACCAUUUCUGCAUGCCCUUUUUAUCAGCAGGUAUCGGGAAUACUUCUUUUGAACUCUCAGCCCAUGGCGAGUAGCGCCGUCUGUGAUUGGAGUCGUUUCCACUGA